GCACAAUAACAAUCAAACAUUCUUCAGGCGAAAACAAGACCCAGACUGGCAAAUGGACAGCUGAUCUGAGCUGAUGAGAUUUCUUUAGAUUUGUAGGAAGUGUGUUUGGGUUCGAGUAGUCAGUAAAUGAAACAGGGACAAUGCCGAAAUCAUUCGUGGAGGCUCUCAAAGCAAAAUAUUGCGAAGAUGAAGAGGACGCGUCGAAUUUUGUUGUGAGCUUUGUCUUCACGAACCGUCCGCGGAAGAACAGCGGGGGUGAAGGGGAGGCGGAGCUUGGCUAUCUGACCAGUAUGGUAUUAUCAAUGAACAGUAUCACUCAUGCCGGUAUCUCCUCAGAUGGACUAGCCUCCCUUUGUCCAAAUGUGACAGACCUGGAUAUAUCGAACAAUCUGAUUGGCUGCUGGGAUGAAGUCAUCAGUAUACUCCGGUCUCUGGACAAGCUUCAGUUCGUGAACCUUAGUGGGAAUCGGAUACAAGAUCCAAAGAAAUCCCUUGCCAACCUCUCUGGUGUGCGGUUUGGUAUAGAAAACUUGGUGCUCAACAACACGGGUGUGUCCUGGGGUGAGAUCCUCCUGAUAUGCCGAUGUCUUCCACGGCUUCGGGAGCUGCACGCCAGUCAGAACGGCUAUACCGACAUCCAAGCUUCUGCAGAAUGUCUCAGAGAAUGUUUCGGAAAGUUGGAAGUCCUCCAUCUCACAGAUAAUAACUACACAAGUUGGGAGCAGGUCAUUCCACUGUCUCUACUGCCUGCUCUUCACACCUUGAUGUUAUCAGAGAAUCCACUGUCCAACAUCCAUUAUGUCGUUGCUAUACCAGGCAAGGAGGAUGGAGAGGAUGUAAAUAAUAAAAUGGAUGUAUGCUCAGAUAACCGACCCGAUCCCGUCAUUUGUGAUGUGGUGACCGAGAUUCUGGACAAACUCAUCGAAGAUGCCUCCACCAUGUCCACCCAAACAAGCCAGGACGAUCCAUCCUGCAGUCCGUCCCACAGGGUUUCCGAUCCGUCGUACGACAGUGGCAUGGAGGACUGCCAGCCAAACACACCAAGACGCAUCCCCAAGGAGAGACUCUCCAGCCAGGGUUCCGAAGACGGCGAUCCUUGCGGUGAUUCUGGCUACGGAGCGAUGAGACAGGACAACCCGCUCGUCGCAGAGAAGGCCGUCCAUCAAGUGCUACCGGGUAUCAGUGAACACGGUGCUAAACCAGUCCCUCUGUUGUCCCCAAAGUCUGAAGACAAGAGGAGGAAACUUUCUGAGAAGAAGCCCCUGGAUGCUUCCGGUACUGUCCCAGAGAGCGAUAACCGCAAUGACGAAGUGCUUGCUGAUAUCAACACUGAUAAGUUUGCCUACUUUGAAAUUGCUUGGGACGCCGAUGAAGCCAUCGGCCAUGAAGAGGAGGAGGUAGUGGAGAUGGUGGAAACAGUGGAGGAAAUAGAGGAGGAGAUGCCAUCUAUAUGUCCUUUUACCUGGUUUCCAAACCUGAAAGUACUGUGUGUGACAAAUACCAAGGUGGAUCAGUGGUCUGAUGUGGAGUCUAUCAGGGCAUUCCCCUGCUUGGAAUCUCUUCGGGUUAAGGGUGUGCCUUUCCUUAAGAAUCUUGCUUCGGAUGAAAGACGAAAGCUGCUAGUUGCUAGCCUACCCAAUAUUAAGAUCCUCAAUGGGAGUGAGAUAAAGGAAGAGGAGAGAGAGAAGAGUGAACGUUUCUUCAUUCGUCAUUUCGAUGAACAUCCCGAGCCCCCUUCAUGGAUUGAGGAUCUGGUGAACAGACACGGUGCACUCAAGCCUAUCACAGAGAUUGAUAUUAGUAGAGGAUAUCAGGAGCAUGCGCACCUGUCCUUCGUCUACAGCGGUAGAUGCAUCCACCAGGCAACCAUCCAUGUGGUACAGAAUGUCUCUGAACUCAGGAAAUACUGUGCGAAGCUGCUCGACAAACCAAAAACGGUUAUACGCAUGUACCAUCAUUCCAAGUGCCCUCACACAGGAGAGACCGAGUUGAACCUCCUCCAUCAGGACCUGCUUCCGAUGAGCCGCUACGACAUGACGCACGGGGACGAGAUUCACAUCGAGACUCCGGCAUUCAUACCGCCUCUCACCGCAGCCCAGCGGGUAUCCAGGUCAUUGCAUGUCAGCAUUAGAUAGAUGCUGAUGAUACAGAGGAGAAGGAAUAGGAGUUUUAUCAUUUUUGAGAAGACUGUUGAUGAUGCAUUUAGUAUCCUUACUAGUAAGACGACAGUGCGACUGGCCGCUUCAAGCCCUCUUACAGGGAUGAUUGAUUAUAAGGAGGAGGAGGAAGAUUAUUUCUGACGCUACCAAAGAAGGGGUCGGUAUUCUUAUUUGUAAGUAAAGUCUGGCCGCUUCAAGGCCAUCUCUAACUGUGAUAAUGAGAGGGGAAGAUGCAAAGAGGAGGAGGUUUACAUGUUAGUAAACUGCUCUAAAAGGGUGUCUAUCCUUCACUAGAAAGACAAGUUUUGGUACUAGUAACUCCACCGUGUGACCAGCUGCUUCAAAUCCACCUCUGGCAGAAUUGAUUAAGAGGGGGAGGAGGGGGGGGGGGGUAUUAGUCUGGUAAGAAUUUGUUUGUAUCAUUAAUGACAUGACAGGAUGCUAUUAGUCUUUCUCUUACAAGGAUGAGAUGAUGAGGAACAAAGACUAAAGAUGAUGGUGAUUGUGAGGAUGAAGAGGAGGAAUAUGAU